GCUCGUGACUGCAAUAUCGGCCUCCCUAAAUGUUCCAACCCAACGUCCAAACAUGCCCCAUACCACUCAUCCAUCCACAAAACCCCAAAACCGCCAUCACCAUCACCACCGCCCCCAACACCGCACCCGCCCAGCACCACCACAAUCAGCCUUCCGACGCACCCAACCAAAAGCCGUCAAUGUCAAUGUAGAAACCGAGUCUGAAGCGGAAUUUGGCUCGGAGAGCGUUUCUGACGAGAGCUUCGGUGAUGCACACGAUGACGAUAACGAUGCGGACGCGCCUCGGGUGGUGCAGUGGGUGGAUGCAGAAGAUGAAGAUGAAGAGAGUGAAGCCCUAACAGAAGAAGAAACGGAUCUAGAUGACGACGAAGACGACAUCAAUGUCAUCCCAUCUGCAAAACCUUCCAGAAAAUUGCGGUCUCUCGAGGACAAUCUAUCCUCUUUACCUCUAGGAAUGCUCCGCAAAGCCCAACACACCCUCUCUCAAACUCGCGCUCUCACCGAUUCAGAAUCCGAGUCUGACGCAUCAGAAGACGCAUAUUCAAGUAACGACAAGGACGAACGCCCUCGAUUAACCACCUCCAAAGGCAAAGCACGCAAAGACCUCGCCAAAAGAUCUAGCAAACAUGCACCCACUGAAAUAACCUCCAAACGACCCGUCAGCAGGCGGAGAAUAGUGAUCGACUCCAAACCACCCCAACCCCGCGAUCCCCGCUUCCUCCACAUAACAGGAGCAUUCGACCCCCAAAAGUUCCGUACCCAAUACACCUUCCUCUCAACCCUGCACAAAGAUGAACUCUCGACCCUCCGCUCCAACCUCAAACGCGCGCGCAAGCUCCUGCUCAACUCUCCCGCCGACCAACGCCUCGAACGCGAGCAUGAAGUGGGGAGAUUGGAGCUUGCUGUGAAGAGGGGAGAAAGCGCUGUCAAUAGGGAUAAGAGGGAGAAAGUGGAGAUGGAGGCGCUUGGCAAGGUCGCGAGGGAGGAAAAGGAGAAGAGGGAGAGGGGGAAAUCGGAGUGGUGGAUGAAAGCGUCCGAGAAAAAGGAGUUGCUGAUGAAAGCUCGUUACGAGGAUAUCGCAUCGAGCGGGGGGAAACGCGCUGUAAAGAAAGCGAUAGAAAAGAAACAAAAGAAGACAAGUCAAAAAGAGAAACGAUCGCGUCCGUUUCCUGCGAGUGCAGACAAUGGUUGGGGGCAGAAGCGACCCGCGCGAUUUACUUCGAACGUAGAAGGAAAAGGAAGCAAUCCCAAUCCCUCAAAACGCAGGAAAAUUGUCUAACAUUUAAUCAAAUCAAAAGUACACAACAUUAUCAUUUCUCGAUUACCCUGCGCGAACGCGAACGGAGGUAUGGUAUUAUAAGGUAAUAUGUACACUGCUUGUUUUCGUCAGCUUCGUCGGGGUCGUGUAUGAAGGUCAAAAAAGAACGAAUGCCUGGAGAUCAAAAAUGCGAAAAAGAGAAUGACGAUGAUGGGGUGGUACAGGUACAACAACAAAUCGAAUCAGCUAUUCGAGAAGAUGGAAUACGAAAAGGUUUCCUGCUCGUACAAGGGAAGAUACAC